AGCUCGGAAGUAGGUGGCGGAGAAAAUUAUUAAAAAAUCGAUCAAUAGCAACCAAAGAUGGAAUAUUAGAACAUAAUUUAUGCCCAACUGUGUUUAUUAUGACAGAGGAAUCUGAUUUCGGUGCCUUUGAAGCAGCGGAGGGUGAUAAAAAUGAUGAAAUUGAAAAUUUGAAAACGAAAAUUAAAGAGUUUGAAGAGAGGGAACUAAAGUAUAAAGAAGAAAAAGAACUUCAAGAAAAGGAAUUUGGAUCAAAAAGAGCCAAAUUUAAGGAAAUAUUCUUACAAAAAGAAGAGGAAUAUAAGACAGAAAGAGAUGCCCAUUUGGAGACGCAAAAGAAAGCAGACAUUCUAGCGAAGGAAUUAAAUGACGUGAGAACUGAAUUAGAGGAUAUUAAAGCAGCAGUGUCCUUCUCUGAAUCAAAUAAAGAAGACGCCAUCUUGGAAAUACGUAGACAGUGUAAUCAGGAAGUAGACACACUUCAGGGGUUACUUAAGGAAGUAGCAGAAGAAGCAUCUACAUCUACAGCAGCACAAUAUGAAAAUGAAAGAACAAAACUACAAGAACUGAACGAGAAGUAUGAGGAUGAAGUGAGAGAUCUACGAAGUAAACUCAGUCAGGAAAGAGAAGGGUUUCUAACUUCAGUUGCUAAGCAGUUAAAACAGAUAGCUCCAGGUUCUCUGGGACAACAGUCAUCUAAUCUGUCGAUGGAGGAAGAGAAUUUAGAGGCCAGUAUGAAAAAGGCCCAAGCUGAUGCAGAAAUACUGAAAUCAGUUGUUUUACCUUUAGAAGAAGAGAUUAAAGGGUUGAAAUUCAAGCUUGCUACAUAUGAGAGAAAUCCUGAUGACAUAGGUACACCUCCAAUGAAACAUGCCACUCCAGAAACACAGUCUUUGUCAGAUCUGGAUGCUAAAGAUCCAGAAGAUAGGAUUCAAGAAUUACUUCAUUAUUUAAGAGUAGAAAAGUCCUCAAGGAAAGAUUUAGAAAUGUAUGUGGCUGUUUUAACAACACAGAAAAACAUCUUUGAAGAAGAAUGUGAUAAGACUAAGAAAGAUUUAGAAGAAGUUUGUCGUAUUUUAAAUGAAGAGAAACGAGAACAUGAACAGUUACAACAGACUUGGCAGAUGGCCAAUGAUCAGUUUUUAGAAUCACAGACAUUAAUGAUGAUGGAUUUACGGAGAAUGGAAAGUGUUCUGUCAGCAGAACAACAAAGACAAAUAGCAGAAAUGCAGAAAAAAGAUGAAGAAAGAAUGGCACAAGAGAAGAAAGUAAAGGAUCUAGAAGGAGCAAAGAAACAACAAGAAGAAGGACGUUUGAUAGAGGCAUUGAAGAAAGCAGAGGAAGCUUCAGAGAAAUUUAAAAAUGCAGACGCCAAAAUGCAAGAAAAGCUAAAACAACAAUCUCAAAAAGACUUAGUACGUGCCAAUUCUCCUAAUAUAACUGCAGAUUUGAACAAUGAGACUGACGAUGAUAAAUCAAUAUUAGAUGCCUCAGAUUUACCAGAAGGAGAUUCAUUUUUAGACAGUCGUGUUUUAGAUUCUAAUGAGGAACUUGAUGGAUUACGUGUACAAAUAAGUCCAGAAAAAGUUCUUAAUUUACCAUAUUUAUCACAGGCACAAACUAAAGCACUAACAGAUCCUACACCAGAACUACAACUACGCCAGUCACUAAUAGCCUCAGCCAAAUCUAAAGUGGACAGAAUCUCAGUGGAUGGUAAAAGAUUGGUAGGACAAAAAGAAUGGGACCUUCUACAGCAACAGUUAAAGGAAUCCCGAGAUAAGUUAGGUAAGCCAUGUGAUAUGUGUAAUAACUAUGAAGACCAGUUACAGAACAUUCAGGACGAUCUGAAGAAAGAACAAGUUAGAGCCAAGUCAUUUGAGAGAAAUCUUAACAGUGAGAUACUUACAACGGAGAGUCAACAAAAGUAUAUAGCAGAACUAGAGGACACACUCAAAAAGACAGUGUCAGACGCAGAUGAACAGGUUUCUAGUCUUUUAAACAAACUACAAGAUUGUGAAAAGUAUAUAGAAGAAUUGAAACAGCAGUUUACACAGUCACAAGUAGACCUCAGAGACCAGUUGCAAGUAUUGACAGGAUCCAGAGAAGAAGUUCAAACUGAGUUGACAAGGUUACAGAAGGAAAAUGAUACUUUAAUAGGGAAACAUUCUAAAUAUGCACAGCAACUUCAGAAUGAGGAUAUUAACUUACCAAAUAAUAUAGAGGAAAUGCAGUUAUUAUUAUUAAAGUAUCGUGAAGAGAUAAUUCAGUGUAAGGUUGCUAAGGAACACACAGAGGAAACAUUAAAAAGUGAAAUCAUGUUCCUGAAAGAUCAAAUACACGCUGAACAACAGGAGAAAAAUAAUAUAGAGGAAUCAUUAUCACAAGAACUAGCUACAGUGCAGGAAAAACUUGUUGUGCAAGAAAGUUUAAAAUCUGAAUUAGAACGAGAAUCUUCUGUGAGAGCAGAUCUGAGUAAAAAAUUAACAGAGUCAGAAACAACUUUAAAGAGUAUUCAAGCUAAAUCAAAACAACUUAUAAAAGCACUGCAGCAGCAAGUUGCAGAGCAAUCUGAGAUUAGAAGUAAAUUAGAGAGUGAUGUUCAAAAAUACAGAAGUAAAGUACAGUCGCUACAGAUAGACUUAGAUAAUAGUGAAGCAGUACAGAGAGACUUUGUUAAACUCUCACAGUCAUUACAGAUUCAAUUAGAAAAGAUUCGGCAGGCAGAAACAGAAGUUCGGUGGCAACAGGAAGAUGAUAUUGAUGAUUGUAAUAAUUGUAAACAACAAUUUUCUGUCACAAAAAGAAAGCAUCAUUGCAGACAUUGUGGGAGAAUAUUUUGUAGUGACUGUGUAACUAAAACUGUGAACAGUGGUCCAAACUCUCGACCGUCAAAAGUUUGUGAUAUAUGUCAUACAAUUCUUGUAAGGGACGCUUUACCAUACUUCAGUACAGAGCCACCUAGCACGCCCAGCUGAAACUACAACAAAUAAUAAAUUCGACUAAAUGUGUAGGAGUGGAUGUGACUGCCAUUUGCAAAGUUUGAGCCGAGUGCUGGGCUAUUACUAGCAGUGACAUGUGUACUAAGUCAUAAACAUGUGUAUCACAUGUCAUAGAUACUUGCAAGUUAUGCCACCAGCAUAAUAAAGUCCAGUACUAAGAGUUUAGACUUUUGUUGUUGUUUUAUUUAUUGUUAAGUUGUGUCAAUACUUAUUGUUAUGUUUAUACAGGUCAGUAAUUUUAGAUUGAAGUGGAAACUGAAAAGAUUCGACUACUGUUAAUUCUGAAAUUAUUGCAAUGUUUUUAUUAUUAUUAAAAGUGUGACAGGGUUAUAAGCACAAUAGAUAAAACCUACAAUCUUUUUUAUCAGAAUUAAACAGGAUUUUUAUCAAUAUGGCAAAAAAGUAUCACUCAAGUUUAGUCUUAAAAGACAAAAUUGCAAUAAUAAAUGCUCGCAAUAAUAAAUGCACGCAAUGACAAAUGCAUGCAAUAAUAAAUACAUGAUAAAUGCACGCAAACAUUUCUGAAUUUACAGUAUCAGUAAAUGUCUUGGAGCUGUUUAGUUAUU